UGACCGAACCCCCGAACCUAAUAGAGUAGGCCUCGUUUCCCAUACGAAGUCGAAUUCAAUUCCGUCCGUCUCUCUAUUCCAAACCCUUAAUCUUUGACAAAAUUCAAUUCAAGUCGAACUGCGUGUUCAUCAAGUUCAGAUUUCGGAAACAAGGAUUCAUAGCAAUGUCUACCGCGGAAUCUCCGACUGCUGCUAAGAAAGUGGUCAUUCAUCUCAGAGCUACUGGCGAUGCCCCUAUACUGAAGCAAGCCAAAUUCAAGAUACCUGGAACGGACAAGUUUGCUAAAGUGAUUGACUUUUUAAGGAGGCAACUUCACCGGGAUACGUUGUUUGUGUAUGUCAAUAGUGCGUUCUCGCCAAACCCAGAUGAAUUGGUGAUGGAUCUGUAUAAUAAUUUUGGUUUUGAUGGUAAACUGGUGGUCAAUUAUGCUUGUUCCAUGGCGUGGGGCUAACUAUCAGUGUGGGGUUUGGAGGCAUAUAACUAUUGAUAAUGAGUACAUCAAAUUUUUCUUUCCACACAAACGUGGAACAUAAGUUGCUGAUGAAGACAUGAAGAUAUGUUGGACUCUCUUUUUGUACAUAUUCUGUUUCUUUCAAUUGGUGGCCAUGUAACUUUUCAACAAGUCUAGAUGUAAAGCCAAACACUGAUAUAUGAUGCUACUGUUCAAAAGAUUUCCUUUAUUCACAAUUUGAAUUAUAGUGAGUGUGUCUCUCUAAUGCUUUUCCAUCUGUUAAAAAUGUAAAGUGACAAUGAUAAAGAGGUGAUCGAUA